AUGGUGAAGAUCGGGAUUCCUAUAUUAUUUCUCUUCUCGAUGUUCUUCGUAGCCCUGCCUAUUCCCCUGCCCCUAACGCCAAAGCAAAUAGCGGCACCCCGUCUACUUUGCGCUUCCCAAUUUGCCCUGGUGAACUAUGUAUGUGCAAUGGUGCCACUAGUCCCAUUGCCACCAGCAACUCCUCACCCAGCUCUUCCAUCCCCUCCUCCCCCAGAAUUAGGACGUAGAAAUGGGCAUAGACAAGGACACAGGCACGGACACAGGCAUAGGCAUGGGCAUCAUGAGACACAUGACCAAUAUUAUUGUUGUCAAUGGCUGAAGCAGGUAGACACUGAGUGUGUCUGUGACAUUCUGGUUCACUUGCCCCCUUUCCUUUCGAGGCCUAAUCAUCAGUAUACUGUCGUUGUUGAUGACACCUGCAACGUCACCUUCUCAUGUGGAGGGCGACUAAGACCAUGAUGCAGCUGCUCAUUUUUCAUCUGCUACUGCUGAUUCUAUGCAAUUCAAUUAUGGCUAUCUUCUUUUGGUAUCGAGUUUGAUGCAAAAAUAUAUUGCUAUUAUGUUAGUAUUAUACAGAAAGUUUAUUUUUAUUCUGCAUUUUAU